AUGCUAAUAAUCGGCCUAACCGGCUCCAUCGCAACCGGCAAAUCAACCGUCUCCUCCCUCCUCUCCUCACCCCCCUACUCCCUCCCCAUAAUCGACGCCGACACCCUCGCCCGCCGCGUCGUCGAGCCAGGGACCGCGGGGUACAAAGCCAUAGUCGAGUAUUUCGGGCCUACGACGCCAGACCUCCUACUCCAUGAUGACAAUGCGAAUGGGGAAAGUAAAGGAGGGCCGUUGAACAGACCCGCCCUAGGGAGACGAGUGUUCGGGGACAGCGCUGAACGCAAAUGCGACCGCGGCGUUCUGAACGGGAUUGUUCAUCCGGCUGUACGGUGGGAGAUAUACAAGGCCCUCCUGACGAAUUAUUUAUCCGGCAAAUGGGCCGUUGUUCUCGACGUCCCGCUGCUCUUCGAGAGUGGCCUGGAUCUCCUCUGCGGAACGGUCGUUGUCGUUGGUGUCUCCGAUCCAGCGGUGCAAAUGGCGCGGCUCCGCGCGCGCGACGCACAUCUUUCCGCUGAAGACGCGGAGAACCGGGUCCGCAGCCAGGGCGAUGUGAAGGGGAAAGUUGCUCGUGCGGAGUCCCGGGGCGUGGAUAGUGCGCGCGGGGUGAUUGUUUGGAAUGAUGAGGAUAGGGGGGCGCUGGAGGGAGAGGUGAGGAGGGCUAUGGAGGGGAUUGGGGGGAGUAGUCCGCGGUGGUGGGCUUGGGUAUUGUUGGUUGUGCCGCCGGUGGGGGUUGGGGUUGGGGUUUGGAAUGUGGUGGUGAAUUAUUUGGGGAUGAGGAGGUGGGAGGGGAGGGUUAGGGAGGAGAAGGCUAAGCUUUAG